CGUAAAUGUUAUGGUGUUUUCUUACUUUAUGUUAUUGCCGUCUAUAAAAAACAUUCCAUUUCCAUUUUCUGGAGACAUUGGAUAAAGUGGCUUGGGUUUUACCAUCUGUGCGCAGCUGUUUUCUCGUCUUGAGGGCGCGCAGAGUUUGAACAGUGAAGAGGAGGGAGUAUUGUACCAAACAUGCAGAGAGAUAUAAUUGAGAGAUGUGAAGAUGCUAUUUCUGCCCUUAAACAAGAACUUCAGGAGCUGCAGGAGAAAUAUGAAGAAAAUAAAAAAGAGAUCACCUUCCUGUCUAGCACAAACAUCAAGAAGGCAUUAGUGUCCUUUUAUGGUAAAAGCAGCAACGAUGACAGCACUAACCUAAAAAAUAUACAGUCAAAGCUUGUGAAAUGUGAACAGGAGAUCCAAUUCUUUCGAACAGUCACAGGGAUGGAGUUCACAAAAUACUUGAAGAAAACAGAAACUAAAACUGAGAAAGGAACCAUCUAUAGCCAUAGACUGGUGGGUUGCUGCCGUUUUUUGCCAUUUGAAGUGGAGUUUAAAACCUUGGAUGCACAGACCAAAAGUUGUGAGGUCAUUCACAUCAAUAUCCAUGUGGACCAGAAAGAAAAUUCAGAUUUAGUAAAGCUGGUAUCUCGGACACAUAAGUCGCUGAAUUUGCUGGGCUUUUUCCGCACUAUUUCUACUUAUACAGAGUGGUUUGACUAUCGCCAGAGUACAUUUUCUCAGUUUAAGGACAAAUACCCACUUGCUGUUGGACUUCCAAUGGGAUCUUCAGCUGACUACAUGAUUCUGAUGAACCCGGACCUCCCUGGGUAUGAACUGCUACUUGUAUGGAAAAUAACUAUUACUGAAGAUGGAUCAGUGACCCCAAUCCUUGAUUUAUUACCAAAGAUACCAGAACAAGCAAAGGCCCUUGACAAAACUGGAGUACUGGAAAAUGCAGCCAUGAACUUCCGGACCCUGCUACAAGCCUUUGGCCUUCAAGCGACCAUAGAGAACAUCAUUCAGUCAUUCUGCAUGAAGAGAAGCAGCCACUAGAAGGAAGGUCUCCCAAUGUUUUAUUGAAUAUAAACCUUGUAGUUGCAUCCGCUUUAUAAACCAUAUUGACAAGUCAUGCUCUAUGUACAGUAAAUAUGGCACAUUGUACAUCAUAUAACAAGACCUGCUAAAUAAAUACAACCUUUAAAUACUAAAAAUGGGAAAAAUACAGAAAAGCAAAAAUCCAAAUAAACUAUACAUGGUUCAGAUGUCCAAAGGCAGCAGAACACGUACUCUCCAAACAUAUAUUUCUGGUAACAGUAAGCACAUUAGGUUUGCUGGGGGAUCAAGUUGCACAAAUAUAUACAGGCAGUGGGGUUCAGGAGCCGUAGUCGGGGGUACAGACUAUCAUGGAUAAUGGGAUUUCUCCAGUGUCCUCCUUUAGAAAGCUAAUGAUACGCAGACUAUACUAUAAUGGAGUUUUGCGUGCCAAUUGACCAGAAGGGAUGGAGUGUCUGGGUUACAAAUCCAUUGGCAAAUACUAAAUUUCCCAGAGCAGACAACGACUACAGGGAUAUCUGUCAUUCUAAGGGACACAGCAGUUUCAGCAGUGGAGCAUCCUGGGAUCAGCUCAUGGUUGGUGGACUCUUUGUAAGUGGACAACCCCUAUCGCAACAGUUUCUAAUAGUUUCAAUGCAUCUAAAUAAAAAUAAAUAAAUUAAAAAAGUCUGUCACGCUGGGUUCACACCACGUUUUUGCCAUACUGUUUUCAAUCCGUUAUUCCUAAAGAAAACCGUAUGGCAAAAAAACAGAUGGAACAGUAUGGAAAAAAGUGAACCGUAUGCAUUUUUAAACAGUAUACUGUUUUUAAAAGUGCAUACAGUUCCGUCUGUUUUUAUAGAAAAAAAAAAAACAAGUUUUUGAAAAUUUUGUCCAUUUUUAAUGGGAGGGGUCUUGGGUGGGGACUUUAGGAUGCAAGUGCGCAUGUGCAAAGUAAAAAUAAGUAUACGGUUUCCCAUAUGGAACCGUAUACAUGUGCGU